AUGAUUUCAAAGAUAUUUAUUUUGAAUAUUUUGUUGAGUUUUGCGGUUCAUUCGUUUGGUGGUCCUAUUGAGUGUCGCAGUGCUAACGCGAAGAACUCGAAAUUGUGCAUUGAAUCAAGAAAUGAAUUUUACGAUAAUAAUUAUGAAAGUGUUUUAUUGUGUCAAACCCGAAAGGAAUUUAUUCGUCCGGAACAUCUUAUAGAAUCUUCAUCUAAAGACAAAUGGGACUUUGAUCCAAAGUUCUCUCAAACUAUUGAAGUUGAGUUAUGCGAAAAUCCAGGAUCAUUUUGCUUCAAACAUCCAAUAAUGAAAGCAAAAUGCGUACAACGAUUUGUGUCAAUAAAAUUGCAAGUCAUGAAUCAGAAUAAAACUCUAUCAGAAUUACAAUCGUUCACAAUACCAAGUAAUUGUGAAUGUUCUUAUUACAAACCAAAAAUGAUUGUUGAGAAAGAAGAAGGUGAUCAGACGAAACAAGACUGA